GAAGAUUCAGCAGUGAUUAAUUUGGUGUGACAGUCUGUUCACCGAAGGAACUUCUUGGCAUCAUUUAAGGUGAAAAUGGCAAAUUAUGAAGUGACCACAUACACUGGCACAUUGCUCUAUUCCAACACGUUCAACAACGUCUACAUUAAGCUGGUGGGGACAGACGGGGAGAGCCACCACACUUGGCUCAUAGACAUCACAGGGCCUUUAUCCUUCACCACUGGAGCUGAAUCCACUUUUUCUGUGUCCUGCUCUGAGUCCGUCGGGAAGCUGCUCAUGAUCGAGCUGAACAAAGAGCCUCCCCUAAUUUUCCCCGUAGACUCCUGGUUCCCUGCCAAGGUGAGAGUGAAAACCCCUGAGGGGCACACUUUCCACUUUCCCAUCUACCGCUGGAUCACUGACACCGAUGUUCACAUAUUCAGAGAGGGAAAAGCUCUACUGGUCUUUGAAGACACCCAUGCUCUUGGCAAGUAUGCUCGAGAAAAGGAGCUGAAGCAGCGAGAGGAGGACUAUCAAUGGGAGGUGUAUGCGGAUGGAAUUCCCCACUGCAUUAAGGCAGAAAACACUCAGUCUCUGCCUUUGGAGGUCCACUUCUCCUUCACCAAGAAAAUAGAGUUUGACUUCACAGCAGUUCAAGGCUUGAUUGACCUGAAACUGGAUGGACUGGCUGAUAACACAGAGAAGUGGACUGAUAUGCAGAGUAUCUAUGGGGUGUUCUGCUGCCACCACAACGACACAUCAGUCUAUGUCCAGAAACACUGGAAGGAGGAUGAAUUUUUCGCCUACCAGUUUCUGAAUGGUGUCAACCCCAUGUUGAUCAAACGUUGUUCAGUCCUCCCUGAGAACCUUCCUGUCAAAGACUACAUGAUCUUCCUCCAGGGUCCACAUAGGCUGGAUGAGGAACUGAAGAAUGGCAACAUCUACCUGUGUGACUACAAGCUCCUGGAUGGAGUGGAAACAAACACCAUUAAUGGGAAGAAGCAGUACUUGAUGGCUCCUCUGGUCCUGUUCCACAAAAGACCUGAUGACAAGCUGAUGCCAAUAGCUAUCCAGCUGAAGCAGACUCCAGGAGAAGACAACCCCAUCUUCUUCCCUACUGAUUCUGAAUAUGAUUGGCUGUUGGCCAAGAUUUUUGUGCGAAGUGCCGAUUUCAACUACCAUGAACUCAACGUGCACCUGCUGCGCACUCAUCUGUUGGCUGAAGUGUUUGCUGUGUCUCUGCUGCGCAACGUGCCCAUGGUGCACCCGCUGUACAAGCUCCUCAUCCCUCACACUCGCUACACCCUGCAGAUCAACCUCAUGGCUCGAAACCUGCUCAUCUCUAAGGAUGGUUCAUUCACACAUUAUGCAGCUUGUGGUGGAGAGGGCCAGUUCACCAUCCUGAAUAGAUCAAUGGCCUCAUUGACCUACAGCUCCCUCUGCAUACCAGACAACAUCGCUGAGCGUGGGCUAGAGUCUUUACCAGACUACUACUACAGGGAUGAUGGACUCAAGCUCUGGGAUAUCAUCCACAAGUUUGUGAAGGGAAUCCUGAACUACUAUUACAAGAGUGAUGCUGACGUCCAGAAAGACACUGAGCUGCAGAAGUGGAUUUCAGACAUUUUUGUCCAGGGUUUCCUCUCCAAUGAAGACACAGGAAUUCCUCAGAGCUUUACCACAGUGGGGGCAUUGGUCAAGUUUGUCACCAUGGUGAUCUUCACCUGCUCUGUGCAGCACUCUGCUGUGAAUUCUGGACAGUUUGACUUUGGUGCCUGGAUGCCCAACACUCCCAUCUCCAUGCAACUUCCUCCACCAACCACCAAAGGAAAAACUACAGAGGCCACCAUACUGGAGACGCUCCCUGAUGUCAACGUGACAGUUCAUGGGAUGGCCGUCCUUCAUCUUCUCAGCAAACAGUCCACUGACUUUGUCUCUCUUGGCCAGUACCCAGAGGAAGAGUUCUAUGAGAAGAUUCCCUGCAAGCUGAUAAAGGCUUUCCAAGGAGAUCUGGAGGUGCAAAGUGUGAUCAUCAAAAACAGAAACGAGAGUCUGGAUCUCCCGUACACGUACAUGAACCCAACUCUGGUGGAAAACAGUGUAGCUGUUUAAAGAGGAAGCUGACCUCAUCAGCUGGUUUCUCUCUGCAAUCCAAGUUAACUUUAUCCAAAGUGAAAAAGGGAAAUAAACAAUGCAUCUAAUCAUUGCUUGCUCACUUUUGAUUCACACACAGCUUUUAAAAGAUAGGUGGGCUUGGUUAUGGGUUUUCUUUUAAUUCACACACUACUUAGUCAAUGUCUUAAAUUUUCAUCUGUCACUGAUCACACAGGGCAUCCAAUCAAAAUAUUACUCAGGGAAAAAUAUGACUUUGCCUUAAAGCUAAAGAUGUAGACUGUGCCUUAUGACAUGCUAUUGUAAUGACUUAUAACUUUUGUAUCAAUGUCUCCUUUUAUGAUCUAUAUUUGGCGGUAAAAAGGGCAAUACAUAAAUGCAACAUUAAACUUUUAUAUGAACUGUCUGUUUGGUCUUCUAUGGAAACCAGUGGUAUUUGGAAGUGUUACAGUAUCUCAUUUCUAGGAGCAGAGGAGAUUCUUGUCAUGGAUGACUGAUGUUGCUACUUUGAUUUGUAAUGCAUCAGAGAUGUUUCCUUGUCUAAAUGGUCUGGAGCAUUUUUGUUCUCUGUAUAAUGGAAGAGAAAGUGAUCAUAUCACAUAAUUACAGUAAAGUGUGU